UUUACUUCUAUAUCUUAUGUGAUGUUAGAGUUUACAGACAAAGGAAACAUAAACUGGUUGCUGAAGAAACAAGAGAUGGCUUCAUCUUAUUACAUGGGAUCCGAGGAUGUUUCUAGAAAACGAAAGAGUCUAGAUUUUUUGGCAAAUGAUCAUGAGCUUGUCAAAAGAUCCGAAGCAACAAAAUUUAUGGAUACUUCGUUCGAUCAUAAGAGAAGAAGAUUCAUCAGUGAAGAUUCAACAAAUAUGAAUAAUAAUAUCGAAGAAGGAUAUUAUCACCACCACCACAUGAGUCUUGAUCUUGAACUCAACUUGUCACCAUCACUCAUCGAUCUUAAUCAUCAUCAUGAUCUUAGUUGCAACAAAAACUAUGUGGAAGUGGAAAAGAAGAAGAUGACGGAGAAGGGUACAAAGAAAAGCUUGGCAAGGGUUGCUUUUGAUCUUGAUGAAGAUUGUUGCGACCGCGGUGGCGUUGGAGGAGGAAGUGAGGAGGAGAUGGUGGCUAGGGUGUGUAUAAAGUGUCAUACUCUAGUGAUGUUAUGCAAAGCUUCACCGGCAUGCCCUAAUUGCAAGUUUAUGCAUUCACCUGAAGACACAUCUCUCUCACUUCUCUUUACUCCUAAGCCUACUUUGUUAGCUUAGUCAUAAUUGUUAUUAGUUUCUAAUCAUAUUAUCUAUAUCUAAUCACUAAUUAAUGUUGAGUAUUUAAUGUUGUUUCCUCGAACAAAUAC